AUUUUUGAAACUGUAAAAGAAGGAGGUUUCAAAUAUUUAAAUUUUCCAUUAAGCUUCAAUAUUUUUUAAAAUAUGAGAAUUGGUAUUUAAUUUCUUAUUAAGUUUCCAAUUAGGCCGGAAAAACUGUGUUUACUUCAAUAUGGUUAUCAGAACUCCCUUAUCAUUACUAAAAUUCACAAUAGUGAUACGUUCACAUUAUGCUUUACAGAAAAACAGCAUCAGUCAUUGCAUCAUAGCCCGUAGUAUUCAAAAUAUUAAAAAAAAUCCUAUUUUAAGAAAUACCUUCAAAAGUAAUACUUUACGAGUACCUGUGAGUAUAGCUUGCUUUUCAGCGACUGCUUUGGCUGUGAAAUCUCCUUCUAUUGAAAAAAUAAUUCCUGAAAAAAAGGAAGUGAUAAGACAAACAAGUUCUUUGUAUUGGAGGCGUUUGUUAAAAUUGAUUUAUUCUGACAUCUGGCUUUGGUUGGGUGCACUUGUGGCUGCAUUGGGCGUAGCCUAUAUUAAUAUUAUUAUACCUAUUAGUUUAGGUAAUGUAGUAAACAUAAUAUCAACCGGAGAAGGGCACGAAUAUAUUCCUCUUCGUUGUCUAAAACUAAUUGGUUUAUAUCUUGCUCAAGGAUUUGGAACUUUUUGUUAUAUUGCUCUUCUCUCUUCAGCUGGAGAGAGAAUGGCAUUCAAACUGCGAAAGGAAUUGUAUCAAAAUUUAAUUAAACAAGACAUGGAAUUUUUUGACUCUAUAAGAACUGCUGAGCUUCUUGAAUGUGUGUUUACUGAUGUUCAAGAAUUUAAAAGUUCUUUUAAACAGUGUGUUUCCCAAGGUGUUAAAAACAUUUUUCAGAUAUGUGGAAGUAUUAUUUCAUUAAUCAAGAUAUCACCAGGUAUGACAUUGACUAUUGUCACAGUUGUACCACCUGUUGUUAUUCUUGGGACACUAUUUGGUGCUCUGCUUAGAAAACUAUCUACUGCUGCACAAAAACAGUCAGUCAAAGUAUUCACACUAUGCGAAGAGACUUUAAGUAAUAUACGGACUGUGCGGGCUUUUGGAAAUGAAUCUUUAGAAUGUGAAAGAUUUGCCUGCGAAACCAAAGAAUCAUCUAAACUGAAUACAUUGCUUGGCCAUGGAAUAGCUUUUUUGCAGGCUGGAAGUAAUUUAUUUUUGAAUGGUUUGGUACUAGGAACCCUCUAUAUUGGAAGUCAGUUUAUUAUAAUUGGAAAUUUUUCUUCUGGAAAUUUAAUGUCAUUUCUAGUCACUGCGCAAAUGAUACAAAAAUCGUUUGCUCAGAUAUCUAUGACAUUUGGUCACUAUCUAAAAGGAAAGCAGUCAUUUGAAAGGAUUUGCUAUUAUUCUAGUUUGGAACCUUUGAUUCCAACUGAAGGAGGACUAAAAAUUCCUUACCAUUCUUUUAUUCCAAAUAUUGAGUUCAAGGAUGUAACAUUUGCUUAUCCCUCUAGGCCAACACAGGCGGUACUAACAAAGUUGAACUUAUCAUUACCAGCUGGAAAAACAGUUGCAGUUGUAGGGGCUUCUGGAAAUGGUAAAUCAACAAUUGCUCUUCUUCUUGAAAGGUUUUAUGAUGUAAACAGUGGUUCUAUUACAAUAGGUGGUGUUAAUAUUUCUAAUCUGGAUCCCAACUGGCUCAGAAGUUCUGCCAUUGGCAUUAUUAACCAAGAACCUGUUCUGUUUGCCACAACCAUCAAAGAAAAUAUUAAAUAUGGAAAACCUACAGCCUCAGAUGAAGAAGUUUAUGAAGCUGCCAGGUUAGCAAAUGCUGAUGAAUUUAUUAGGAGCUUUCCAAAAGGAUAUGAAACUAUAGUUGGUGAACGUGGUGUUGCCAUAUCUGGUGGGCAAAAACAAAGAAUCGCUAUAGCUAGAGCUUUGAUUAAGAAGCCUGCUAUUUUAAUUUUGGAUGAAGCAACAAGUGCUUUAGACCCUGAAGCUGAAAAGGUAGUUCAAAAAACUUUAGAAGGAAUUUGUCAAGGUAGGACCGUAUUAGUAAUUGCUCAUAGGUUGUCAACUGUUAAAAAUGCUGAUACAAUAGCAGUGCUUCAGAAAGGAGUGAUUUUAGAGAUGGGAUCUCAUGAAUUUUUAAUGAAUAAGAAAGGUGUGUAUUACCAUUUAAUGAAUCAAGAAAACCAGAAAUCAAGGAAUUAUGGCUAAUUUUUAUUUUGUUAUUUUAUAAAAUAAAUGUUUCAAUUUUAGUUUUGAUGUUUAAAUUAGAUGGUUUAUUUAAUGAAGUGCUUAAAUUAAGUUUUAAAUAGAUUUGUAAAUAAAUUUUGUAUUUAAUUUUUUUUUCAACUUUAUUUAUCAACAUUAUGAAAAUACUAUAAGAUAAAAUUAAAAACAUUAAUGAAUCACUUCUCACAUUUCUCACUGGUAUUCUCUGGGCAAGGUUGGCUAUAUUCUAAUUUCAUAUGAUUGUGCAUUCUUUUUACCUUCUUAUUCCAAUAUUUAAAUCAAGCAACUGCAUUUGUACAGCUUCCUCCCUAACCUCAUUUAAACACCAUUUAUUUUUCUAUCUCAAUUAUGAAACUUCCAAAUACAUGUAAUGAAUAAAUGUCUGCGCAAGUUUUUACAUAUAUGUUCAUUUGUAUCUAUUCUUAAUUUUUAUAUUUUUAUUUAUAAUCAAAAUGUUAUAGUCUUUUAGUUUAUAAUCAACUUAUGUUCCAAUAAUUCAGCCAUACAAAUGCUACUUGAAUUAUUUUGUUUAAGUGCCCCAGAAUAAAGAUAAUUUUUCAUUCAUUUAUUCAAAUAUAUUUCUUUUAUUUCAAUUAUAAAACUUAAAAUUGUCUUUGUAUAAUAUAGUACAUAGGUGAGGAACAUUUUUAUCAUCAGAGGCCGUAGUUAGGUUAGGCAGUGCUAAUGGAGGUUACAAUAAUUCUUUAUAUUUCACCGUUGUUAUUUUUAUUUAUCAAUAAAUAAAUAACCCAGAUAAAUACAUUAAACUUUAUUCUAUUAAU